UAACCAUCGUCCUCCCCAGCCGAGGGCAGGGGGCGAGUGUGGAAGAGAUGAAACACGAGGUUGCAAACCAGGAUAGCGUGCUACCUGAACCCCCAGCGGCCCACGAUAGACCCCAAGAAUGAGCAGUGUUGUUGGUAUGGAUGAGUUUGUGGAGGGCAUUUCAACAAAUGAAAUUCAAAGCACGCAGGUGGGACAAGCAGAUGCAUCUGAUUCUGUUCGGCAUCGACCCAGCAAGCUGCACGAUUUCCUUAAAAAGAAUCUGCAUUCCCUGGGUGUAGCUCAGAUCAUGAUUGGCCUGAAAUGCUUCUUGUUUGGAAUCAUUGAGAUUUUUUUUUACUGGCACUCUAAUCACAGAGGUCUCUUAUUCUGCUUUUAUAUUGGCUACCCAUUCUGGGGUGCAGCAUCUUUCAUUGUAUCUGGAUCUUUGACCAUCUCAUGUACGAAAAAACAAACAAAAUUUCUGAUUGGAGUCAGUAUGGGAGCUCACAUUAUCAGCACGCUACUUUCAAGCACUGGGCUAAUUCUUCUCUUCGUGAAUUUAAUUGAUGUAUUCUUAUUUGAAUGCUCAGAGUUACGUGAGUGUUCAUUGGUUAAAUCUUAUAUAACCAGUAUUGUGAUCCUUCAAAUGAUAGCGACUUGUGCGCAGAUCUUCAUUUCCUUCUCACUCUGUGGGCUCACUUACACCACGAAUGGCAGUGAGAUCAGCCUGGUUUCUGCACUGAGUUGCUUGAUCAGAACACAUUCUGAAGAUCCUUAUCAAGACUUAUUGACUCAACCUCAAACUUAUGAAGACUUAGUGCUGCAAGAUAUAGAUCCUGUUCACUCUGAUCCAUGAGACACCGUCAUAACAUUCUUUACCACAUGAAUGCAUCUUGGAUCCAUGAUAUCAAUCAAAGACAGAUUUUUUUUAUAGGAAUCUCCUACAAAUACCGUCCUCCCUAUGUUUUCAUUAUGCAAUUUCACACACACACACACACAAUUAGCAGAUAUGUGUGCUUUACUUUAUAGUUGACCAAUAAAUCCUAGUAUUAAC